AUGCGUUUCAGAAGACGAGCUGAAGUCUCUGUGUUGCCUCGCAAAGAAUGUUUUUAUGCAUCAACCAUCACUCACCGAAGUUGGGCCACCAAUUGUUGUUUGCGAGGAUAUCCAUGGAGAGUAUCCCGACUCUUGCGCAUCUUCGAAAAGACCACUUUUCCACCUGACGCCAAUUUCAUCUUUUUGGGCGGCUAUGUUGAUCGUGGCCAGCAGAAUAUCGAAACCAUCUCGCUCAUGUUUUGCUACAAAAUCAAGUACCCUGAAAGCUUCCUGAAUAUCGCUAAGGUCCCCGAAACAAAGUGCAGUGUAACCUUGACGUAUAACAAGAUUCUACCACGUGAGGUCACAAUUGUGAAAAUCAUCGCAAUGCAAGCGGCAAAUGAAAAAAGGUUCUUCGCCAACCGCAAAAUAGUCGACAUCUUCUCUGCACCCCACUAUUGCGUACAAUUCGACAACUCGGCAGCCACCAUGAAGAUUUCAUUUUAUGAGGUUCCGUUUCCGAUUAGCCGAGAAAAGUUUAUCGAAAACAACUUUAAUUCAUCGGAUGGCAUU